AUGGCUGCCGAACUCACCCCCUCCAAGCAGGCUGCUUCUGCCAUUGACUCUUUCAAGAUUGAGUCUCCCGUCAAGAAGAUCAACUUCAACGCUUCCGACAAGGAGAACCAGCCUCUCGACGACGCCGCUCUCGAGAGCCUAGCCAAGCAGAUGGACGACAACCACAAGCCCACUGAGACCGUCAAGGUCGACAAGUCAGAGACCAAGCCCAGCGUGGCUGCCACAAUCAAGCCUGAUGAGGUUGACGAGCCCAUCCUGCAAGAGAACCCUCAGCGAUUCGUCUUGUUCCCCAUCAAGUACCAUGAGAUCUGGCAAAUGUACAAGAAGGCUGAGGCUUCCUUCUGGACCGCCGAGGAGAUUGAUCUGUCCAAGGAUUUGCACGACUGGAACAACCGCCUGAACGAUGACGAGAAGUACUUCAUCUCUCACAUCCUGGCCUUCUUUGCUGCCUCGGACGGCAUUGUCAACGAGAACCUGGUCGAGCGUUUCAGCGGCGAGGUUCAGAUCCCCGAGGCUCGAUGCUUCUACGGUUUCCAGAUCAUGAUGGAGAACAUCCACUCCGAGACAUACUCUCUGCUCAUCGACACCUACGUCAAGGAGCACAGCCAGCGCACCUACCUCUUCAACGCCAUUGAGACUAUCCCUUGCAUUCGCAAGAAGGCCGAGUGGGCCAUCAAGUGGAUCCAGGACAAGAACUCUUCCUUUGCCCAGCGUCUCGUUGCCUUUGCUGCUGUUGAGGGUAUCUUCUUCAGCGGAGCCUUUGCCUCCAUCUUCUGGCUCAAGAAGAGAGGUCUCAUGCCUGGUCUGACCUUCUCCAACGAGCUCAUCUCUCGUGACGAGGGUCUGCACACUGACUUUGCUUGCCUGCUCCACUCUCACCUGAAGAACCGCGCCAGCAAGGAGAUUAUCCGUGACAUCAUCACUGAUGCCGUCAGAAUCGAGCAGGAGUUCUUGACUGAGGCUCUCCCUUGCGCUCUUCUGGGCAUGAACGCCAACCUGAUGAAGCAGUACAUUGAGUUUGUUGCCGAUCGUCUGCUUGUCGCUCUCGGAAACGAGAAGAUCUACAAGUCCUCCAACCCCUUUGACUUUAUGGAGAACAUUUCUCUGGGCGGCAAGACCAACUUCUUCGAGAAGCGUGUCGGCGAGUACCAGAAGGCUGGUGUCAUGAACAGCACCAAGAAGCCUGUUGAGGCCGCCAGCGCCGAAGAGUCUAAGGGUGACAACGGCGGCGACUUCAGCUUUGACGAUGACUUUUAA